CCUCACUCAAUUCACAUAUCAGCAUGUCAUCUCUUGAAAUACCUCCCACCCAGACAGUCGCCUGGAUCGAGGACCCCGGCCCAAAUGGAAAGCUGGUGAUCCGGGAUGGAGUUGAGGUCCAACAGCCGGCGCACAACGAAAUCCUCGUGAAGCUGGAAUGCUCUGGCAUUUGCCAUUCGGAUUGCCGCAAUGUAGAGGGUAUGGGCGUCUACACUGACAUUCCUGGCCAUGAGGGGGUUGGUACUGUAGUCAAGCUUGGUCCUGGCGCGUCUGACUCACUAAUGGGGAAAAGAGUUGGUAUCAAGUGGUUGUGGAGUGCGUGUAACAAGUGUGCUGCAUGUGUUGUUGGGAACACCAAUAACUGUCCAAAUCAACUGAAUACUGGGAGAAGUGUCAGAGGCACCUUGCAGCAGUACGUUGUUGCCCACGCCGACUUCGUAUCAUUAAUCCCGGAUGGCUUGGCGAGCGAAGUAGCAGCACCGCUCCUAUGUGCUGGUCUGAGUCUGGCUGGCGCUGUCUCCAAGUGCUCCCCGGAGGUUAAGCCAGGCGAGUGGGUCGCUAUUGUUGGCGCUGGUGGCGGACUCGGACAUAUUGGAGUCCAGAUCGCUGCCAAGACCAAAGGAUACAAAGUCAUCGCAAUCGACAGUGGCGCGGACAAGGCCCAGCUAUGUAAAGAGAUGGGGGCGACUGCAUUCGUCGACUACGCAAAAGAAGACGUCUUGAAGACAGUCAAGGGGCUGACAGAUGGCGAGGGUGCUCACGCAGUUAUCUGUGUAGCCGGCUCCGAAAAAGCCUACGAACAAGCACCAAAUCUAGUGAGGAACAAUGGCGUGUUUGUAUGCGUUGGUCUGCCGCCAGAUGCCUUCAUGUUUCCUAUGUCACCUAUCCAGAUUGCGAAUCGAGGUCUCAUCAUUAAAGGUUCAUCAACCGGCAACAGCGCUCAGAUGGAUGAGCUACUUCAGUAUGCACUAGAAGGGAAGAUUACACCGAAAAUUGAGGUUUUCGAAUUCUCAGACUCGCCAAAAAUCAUCCAGGAGUUGCAGAGAUAUGAAGUCACGGGAAGAAAGGUUGUAAAAGCGCCGUCAUGAAACGGAUAAAUUAACAAUUCAAUUCACUUAUG